AUGGACAUUGAAGACGAUGAGGAGGUGUUUGGGCCGGCUCCACCAACGAGUACGAGUGAAACAAUCAGUGGAUUCUCUGUGCUGGCCUAUCUCAAAGAUGAAAUAGCGAAGCGAAAAGAAUCGAAAAAGAGCAGGAAGCAUAAGUCAAAGAAAUCCAAGAAGGAGAAAUCGUCGAAAAAAUCAAAGAAGGAAAAGAAGAGCAAGAAAUCCCACCGAAAGCGUCACUCUUCAUCGUCGUCGUCGAGCGUUCUUCUGUAA